GUGGCGUAGGCGAGAUAUCCGUCUGCAAACCAAACAGCGAGUUAACGAAGCAGCAGUUUGCUCCGUUCUAAUUUACGGGUGUGAAACAAGGACAUUAAGAAUAGAGGAUAUCCAUAGGUAACUAGUAUUCGACCAUAGGUGACUUCGAGGUAUUGAUGUUGUAUUUUAGGACCAUUGAGUAGGCAAUUUUCUGGGUUGAGAAUAGGGCACUGCAUUAGUCUAUGAAAGCAUUGCGAUGUUAAUCAAUAUACAAAAAUCAUCUAACAACUUUGUUUUCAUGCUGUAUAUAUACGCUCGAGUUGUUUACUUGUUGUUCGUGCUUCUCGGUGUUGUGGAACAUACAUUACCCUCAUCUGAACCGGGUCUUUUCCCUCCAGUUAGCAGGCCUGGGACGCAUCGGAAUAGUUUAGCUUAUCUUGUCAUUGUUUCGCUGACCCUUCGUUCCCUUCGCCGAUUUUAGGCGAUCUCUUAAUCUCUUGAAACAUGGCAGGGAUUUGACCCAACAAUUUCACCUCUGUGCUAAUGGGUUAUAACAACUUGAACCGAUGCACGUACGUACGAGAUUCUGCGUUGCGACUGACUGAUGUGAAAUGUGGUGACUUGUACUGAUUGACACGUACCAAGUCGUAAGUUAAUGAUGACUGACUUACUUAGUCGAACGACUCAGUCAGGACUUCCAGCCGAUAUUCGUAUGCUUGAACCCUACGUUACAUCAAUUUAAGGAAACUGAUAUCUUUCACUCACGUUAAGUGUGACUCAGAGCCGUGUUUAUGAAUUGGCACUUUGUCACUGAGUCGCAUCUACAAUAAUAUUUUGAUUAUACGCCAGUGAGAAUGAUGCGACUUAAUCUAGAUCAGUGUUCAGUUAUUUGUUCAUUUCAAGGUACACAGGACACUUAGUACUUGAAUCAAAUAAGAAUAAAAUUUAUAUUAUGUUGGUAUUUGGUAUUUGUAAGGAUGUGUUUGCGUCAGUGAGGGUGUUAAUUGGUUUUUAUCCAAUAAAAUUGUUUUUCAUUAUCAUGGUACGGUAACCAAGACUGAUAAACAGAACUCUUUCUUUACUUGCAGAUUGUAUUUUGAAUAUGUCUGAAAAGAAACGAAAGCAGCGGUUAGCUGGUGUUAGACUCGAUGAAAACCCACUGAAGCCUACACUAGAAGAAAUCAAUGUUGCGAAUUACUUACACAAAAAGCUACCAUCUAAAGAAGGGCGUCUCUCGGGAAUGAUUGUUCGCAUAUUCGUAGCAAUGGAAGCCAUAGAGUUACUGAUGAAUUCCCAUUGGGCUAGAUCAAAUGACGAUGCGAAACCAACUCUUUUUACAAGUCAAACUACAGCAGUUAAUUUCAUGACAACUUUGUUUCAGAAGCAAAUGUUUCAGCGUGCAGUUCGUGUCAAGAAAAAACCCACCAAACACCGAGAAGAUGCGAAAUCAUUAAAACCUAAGCUGAAAAAACUUACUGAUGGAAAGAUUGUCUCCAGUAAAAAUGUCGAUGCGACUUCAGAUGAAAAUUUGAGUUCUCAAGAUCCUGAUUCUAAAUCACCCAAAUAUGGCAUUUUAUCAUCUAUCUCCUCCAGUAUUAACGAAUUCACAAUGAAAUCUCCCAAUAAGAAACCCAUGCGACUAGAAAUCGUCGACGAACAAAAAUUUGUACUGGAUGAUCCACACACAUUUUAUGUUUGGAUCUACGAACCACCACCGGGACUAUUUACAUGGUUGGCUGGUGCAGCUUUGAUUAUUGGUAUUAUACUAUGCUGUUUAUUUCCUAUCUGGCCAUCAGAAUUACGCCAAUGUGCAUAUUAUUUGACUAUAACUGCUUCAGGACUUCUAGGUCUUUUACUUUUCGUAGGAUUAUUGCGUUUCUGUUUUUAUUUGCUUGUCUGGUUAUCUACUUUAGGCCAAUACAGUUUUUGGAUAUUUCCUAAUUAUUUUGAAGAUUGUGGUUUCUUUGAGUCAUUUCGUCCGUUGUAUUCACUUAAACAUGCAUCUGAUGUUCUAGUACCAUCUAGCAAGAGAAGCAAAUCGAAAGUAAAGUCAACUAGUGAUGUUUCCACUAUUGAUUUCGCCACGAAUAGUAGCAAUACUAGUACUGCUACUGGUAGUGAUGCUAAUAUUGUCCAAUUAUUAUGUACAAAAACCACAACAAAACCACCUGAAGAGGUCAAAGUGAAAAAUGUAUUAAAGAGAGAUAUAAUAAUCAAUGAAUAA